UAAUCUGCUCAUUAUCAGUGUGAGGAAGGACAGGAGGGGUGGAGACAGACGGAGAGAGAGACUUUUUGCUUUCCUUCAUGGUUCCAACGGGAGUGUCGGUGUGUGGGAGCUGAACAAAUCUCACGGACACAGAGAAACAAAAGGGAAGCUCCAGCCAAGUUCAGAAUGAGGGCCGUGAGUGGGAAGGCACACCCACUCCAGGUCGCCUCCCAACCUCUAUCUCCAGCCUAUUAAAGCCACCAAAAUGAAGACAGAGUCCCCACAUAUCAUACUUAGCACUAUGUUUUCAUGGCAGCAACUUACUCACUGGUCUUCAUCCCUAUGGGUGUCGCAACAAACCUUCUUGGAUUUGAGAUCCAGCAAUUUUCUGAUUGGGUAUCUGACAAAUAGGUGGUUGUUAAGAGAAGAUGAUGAAAUUGAGAUAUUUGUAUAUAUUUUUUUUUGUAAAUUAAUAUCAGGAAGAAUUGAAGACCACCGUGUACAGACAGAGAUACCUGUAGAUGAGGGAUUUAUUUCAUAAUAACAAACAACUACAAUCAAUGUGAUCAUUUACUAAGCGGAGGAAGGAUUAAAGGCCUAAUAUUUCUUUAGAGUUAUAGAGUUUAUAGCCUUGAUUACAUUGAUUUAGCUCCUAUGGGCAGUGGUGAAGUGUAAAAAUAUAACACCCGACCAAACUGUGUACAUUCUUUCUGAUGAGUUCUACCGGAAUGUUUCUCAUAUUCUACACGGAACAUUUGGAAUCCAGAAAUCCUUCUGUGACAGAACAGAACAGAAAAAUAGAACCCAGGAGGCAUAAAACUGAAGAACUCGGUCAGAAAUCAUUACAGUAUCACCAGAUUGCAGAGGAGACACAGAGACUCAUUGCUCUUGGAAGUUGGAAAAAAAAAACACAAACAAUAUGUUGCUGUCCUAUCAGAGAGAGAUGGACCUGCAGUCAUCAGGGACCUUGAGUCAAACAGGUUCUGACGAACCGGAGGUGCGACCCCGGACCGUGCUGCGCGGCGAGACCGGCAACUACGAGCUUCGCCGCUUCAGGUUCAAUGGCUGCUUCAGCAACGUCGCCGAAUGCAAAGAGGUCGGCACCGGAGACGCCGUGGUCAUUAAAAUCUUCAAAAAGAGAGCCCCCGGUUCUCUUGAGCCGAACAAAGAGUUGGCUAUGCUGAAAAGGAUCCGUGGUCUCGAUCAAGAAAACAUUGUUCGGUUCUUGGGGGACUUCCAACACAUAGGGCACACCUGCCUCACUUUUGAAAUGUUGGACAAGAAUCUGCAUGAGCUUCUGAAGGAGAGGAUCGGCAACCGACUACCUCUUCUGCAAAUCAGACCCAUCGCGAAGCAGCUGCUCAGCGCGCUGCAGUCCCUGAAGACCGCCGGCAUCAUUCAUACCAGCAUCAAGCCCAACAACAUCAUGGUGACGAGGGAAAAGCCCCUCAGAGUCAAACUCAUUGACUUUGGUUCGGCCGUUGCAGCUGCUGAAGUCGAGCGAGGUGUGAUCAUGCAGCCUAUCGCAUACAGGUCUCCGGAUGUUAUUCUGGGCCUUCCAGUCUCAGAAGCGGUAGACGUGUGGUCUCUGGGUGCUGUUUUGGCGACCAUGUACCUUGGUAGCCUGCCAUUUCCUCAGAGGUGCCAGUAUCACCAGGUGAAAACCAUGGUGGAGACGCUGGGUCAGCCGGAGGACAAACUUCUAAGCGACGGCGCCUACACGCAUCUCUACUUCAGCCGUAACCAGGACUCUACAGCGCCGUCGUGGAGGCUUAACACGGCAGCGGAGUACAAAGCGGCGAGUGGCUUUGUGGCACAAAAACACAGAGGCAGCUCCCCCGGGUUCCACUAUUUGGAUGACCUGGUCGAGCUGAACCCAGAAAACAGCUUUGGGUGUAAGACCAGGUUCGUUGGCCUCCUGCGCCAGAUGCUGCGUCUGAAUCCUGAGGAAAGGACGACGCCGAGUGCCGCUCUGCGUCACCCGUUCGUAACCCUGAUCGAAUCGGGCGCCGAGGAAGCCGUAGCCUCGGCCGCUGCCGACUCCGGUACACCGAGUGUGAGAGAAGGCCGUGCUGUCGGCUGCAACGACGCUUCAGCUGGUGGCGCCUGUUCAGAUGAGGCCGCCGUGAUGAGUGCCGUGAAGGACCUUGCAGCUGGUUCUGAGGCCUCAGAGGGCGCCGCGGGGCGCUCUGCAGAUGAAGCUCCUAGCGGCUAUUCAAUAGCAAGGUCUAUUGACGCGGGUCCGGGGGAGGGCGUACCAGCCCCUGCUGUCGGAGACUCGGACGCCACUGCUGGUUCGUCCGAUAAUGAUGACGACAACGAAGCUGCAGUCACACCUGCCUGUGCAGAAGCCGACAUUGGCACUGACGGGGUCUCAGCCGCCCCGGGGCCGAGGGGGGUCAUGGGAUUUUUGGGAAGGGUGUUCAGGACCCUGCGCUGCUGCUGCUGCUGUUGCACCGCAAAUCCUCAGGAGUGAUUUACUUGUUUAUUUGAUCCAUUUGUCAUGUUAUUUAUCCUUGAAAAGUAAACAAUGUAUUAAAUACAAUGUCCUCAA